AAAGCACGGGGCUGCCGCUGGGCCGGGCCGUGAGGCGCUUUCCCACUACGCCCGCCCUCGUCCCCUCUUUACCCCGGGACCCGGGGCUGGGACCCGGCCGGGAAUAUGGCCCUGGAGAAGCUCUGCUCGGUCCUCAAAGUGUUGUUAAUAACAGUACUUGUAGUAGAAGGCAUUGCUGUGGCCCAGAAGACCCAAGAUGGGCAGAAUAUUGGAAUUAAACAUGUUCCAGCUACACAGUGUGGAAUUUGGGUUCGAACCAGCAAUGGGGGUCAUUUUGCUUCUCCAAAUUAUCCUGAAUCAUACCCACCAAACAAAGAGUGUAUCUACAUUUUGGAAGCUGCUCCACGACAAAGAAUAGAACUGACCUUUGAUGAACAUUAUUAUAUAGAACCUUCAUUUGAAUGUCGAUUUGAUCACUUGGAAAUUCGAGAUGGGCCAUUUGGUUUCUCUCCACUUAUAGAUCGUUACUGUGGUGUAAAAAGCCCUUCAUUAAUUAGGUCAACAGGCAGAUUUAUGUGGAUUAAAUUUAGUUCUGAUGAAGAACUAGAAGGACUGGGAUUUCGAGCAAAAUACUCUUUUAUUCCAGAUCCAGACUUUACUUACCUAGGAGGUAUUUUAAAUCCCAUCCCAGAUUGCCAGUUUGAACUCUCAGGGGCUGAUGGAAUAGUACGCUCUAGUCAAGUAGAGCAGGAAGACAAAACAAAGCCUGGACAAGCAGUUGACUGCAUCUGGACAAUUAAAGCUACUCCAAAAGCCAAGAUUUAUCUGAGAUUCCUAGACUACCAAAUGGAACAUUCAAAUGAAUGCAAGAGAAACUUUGUUGCAGUGUAUGAUGGAAGCAGUUCUAUUGAAAACUUGAAGGCCAAGUUCUGCAGCACUGUAGCCAAUGACGUAAUGCUUCAAACAGGAAUUGGAGUGAUCCGAAUGUGGGCUGAUGAAGGUAGCCGGCUUAGCAGGUUCAGAAUGCUGUUUACUUCAUUUGUGGAUCCUCCCUGCACAGGCAGCACUUUCUUUUGCCAUAGUAAUAUGUGCAUCAAUAAUUCUCUGGUCUGCAAUGGUGUUCAAAACUGUGCAUACCCUUGGGAUGAAAAUCAUUGCAAAGAGAAGAAAAAAGCAGGUCUCUUUGAACAGAUCACCAAAACACAUGGAACAAUCAUUGGCAUUACAUCAGGGAUUGUCUUGGUCCUUCUCAUUAUUUCUAUUUUAGUUCAAGUCAAGCAACCUCGAAAGAAGGUCAUGGCUUGCAAAACUGCUUUUAACAAAACUGGCUUCCAAGAAGUGUUUGAUCCUCCUCAUUAUGAACUGUUUUCAUUAAGGGACAAAGAGAUUUCCGCAGAUUUGGCUGACUUAUCAGAAGAACUGGACAACUACCAGAAAAUGCGACGUUCUUCCACUGCUUCCCGUUGCAUUCAUGAUCAUCAUUGUGGAUCCCAAGCCUCCAAUGUAAAACAAAGCAGGACCAACCUCAGUUCCAUGGAACUUCCUUUCCGUAAUGAUUUUGCACAACCUCAGCCAAUGAAGACAUUCAAUAGCACCUUCAAAAAAAGUAGUUACACUUUCAAACAGUCACAUGAAUGUUCUGAACAGGCCAUAGAAGACAGAGUGAUGGAGGAGAUUCCCUGUGAAAUUUAUGUGAGAGGACGAGAGGAUUCUGCACAAGGGUCAAUGUCCAUUGACUUUUAAUCAUCUAGAGAUGAAGUUGACACAUUAGUAUGUAUAUAUGCAGCAUACACAGCACACACACUGCACAUAUGUAUGUUUUUAAGCUUUUCUGCAGUAAGCACCUUUUCCCCCCUCAAACUAGAAACAUCUUCAUUUGUCAUUAAUUAUUAUAAUGUUGGAGAUUUCAUUCCUUUGUGCUCCCUAACUGAUGUCAAAUCACUUGGUGAACUUAGGAAGUUCAGCAGGGGUGGGGGAAACAAUCAUCUGUUGUUUGGUGUCAUGUAAACAAAUAACAUGUAAACAAAAAACAAGUCAGUUAAAUGACUGAAUUCACUUUUUAACUGGUUGUUCUGAUGUCAUGUAAACAUAGGUUUAUAAGCUACCUGUUGACUUUUACCAACAUAACUGAAGGAAUGCAUGGGAACAAUGACACUGACUUUUAAAAAAUCUACAGAUAUACCAACAAGUUUUGAUCAUUAAAUAAAUUUUAAAAUAAGGUUUCCAUCAUAUUUUUACAUUCCUUCUCUUUUUCUUUCCACUAAGUGUUUCAAGUAAAUGGUUUUAACAUUUCAGUUACAUAAAAGUGAUUAUUUCACUGCAUAUAUUUUGAUAUGGACAUUUGUUAUUGAAUCUGUCAAAUUAAAGCUAGAGUAACUGUGGUUCAGUGCCAAUUAUGACCCAGAGUUAUGUUGCAUCCAUCUGUUUCUUCUGAACUAAUUUCUAUACUGCUGCCUUUUAAUUACUGGUUUCUUAGCCUGUGUUUUCUGUGAGAAGUAGGUGAAAUGGUUUAUUGCCUUUUAAGAAUAUUUUAUCUUAGUUACAUUAUUAUAAUAGAAUAUUUUAGAACCUUGAGAUAUAUGAGCCUUUGCAAAUUAUGUGUAGAAACUCUGAAAUUAAACAGGUCUUUGAAAUUCCCAACUUUGAGUCACAUCCAAUGUUUGGCCAUCAGUGGAUGACCCAUUAAUUUUAGUGAAGGGAACAUUAUUUAAUUCAUUGUUGUGAUAUUUAUAGUCAAAUGUUUUUAAUUCUCCAAGUCUGUGCUCCUCAUUUUUUGGGGAAAAUGGUAUCUUUGCUUCCAUACAUUGUGAUUUCUCUUGUAGUAUAUAAUAAACCGAGGGCUUCUCACCCGAGACAGUCACAUUUUUCUAGAGCUGAUAAAGAAUUACAACCUUCAGUUUUCUUUUUAACUUCAGUUUUGGCUUUUGGUUGUUUUUUAUGGUAUAUAAAAUAAUUUGUAAACAUGAUAAAAAGACUUUCAUUGUGUUUUUUUAGACUUUUGAUAUAAUUUGAUACUGUACAAACUUUAUUAAAUCAAGAUUAAAGACA